UCACCAGACCGGAUGUUUUAUCUUUACCUUCAGUGAUUAUAUCGUAUUUGCGAGAAAUACUAGUUUAUAAGCACUCACGAUUAUGAUUUAACAUGUCGCUCUGCGUAUAAGUUACAAUGUAAGACGUUAUUCAGCUUUCCAUUCAGCAUUUCCUUCUUUAACCAACUAAAUGGUCAACCGAAAAAAAUCGGAACAGCAGUCAAACAGCUAAAUAAAACAAAAUCAAACGCUUGUGUUGACAGCAGAGAUAAAGUGCACAAUGGGUGCUGAACAGAGUGGAGAUGCUGAACAUAAACAUUCAGACUUUAGUGCUUCAGUUGUACCCUCUCCAGCCAAGCAAAAAGCGAAAAUGGAUGACAUAGUAGUCGUUGCCCAAGGAACUCAGUCAUUACGGAACAUCCAUAAUGAUCCAGAUGUCAUAAAGCUACAAGAAAUUCCCACCUUCCAACCUCUUCUUAAAGGUGUGCUCAGUGGUCAGACCUCCCCCAGCACUGUCUGUCUGGAGAAGUUGGAUUCUGCACAGGUACUGCAGCUGUGUGUCCGAUACCAGGAUCAUCUGCACCAGUGUGCAGAGGCUGUAGCUUUUGACCAGACUGCUCUGGUUAAGAGGAUAAAAGAGAUGGAUCUGUCAGUGGAGGCGCUAUUCAGCAUCAUGCAGGAGAGGCAAAAGCGUUACGCCAAGUAUGCCGAGCAGAUCCAAAAGGUCAAUGAGAUGUCUAUGAUUCUGAGACGAAUUCAGAUGGGCAUUGACCAGACGAUACCACUGAUGGAGCGUCUCAAUAACCUACUGCCUGAGAAUGAGCGUCUGGAACCCUUCAGCAUGAAGCCUGAUGGAGACAUCAAAUAGAGCUCAGCAUUAGAUGAAGAGCAGAGAUAGUUGUGGGGUCACGCCACUACAUAGUGGGUUUAUAGGACUGGUGCUUUGUAGAGACCCACUUUAAGUCACCUGUUGUUGGUACCUUUGGAGCUUUUCAUUCUGCACUCUGAAAGGCUUACUGCCUGUCUGGAUCUGGUGUAAUUUGGCCACAAAACAAGUAAAAUGGCACAAAAUGGAAAACUAUAAUGCCAAAAUGGUAAAUGCUUGUGUAUAAAUUUACCUAAGUCUAAUUGAGUGCUUUUAAAGGGCAUGAUGAAAAAGAACUUCUGCCUAUGUAAAUGAAAUGUUAUUUAAUGAGAAAUAAUGUCAUUAAUGCAUAUGAUUCUCUUCCACUUAAAAGGCUAUUCAUAGGUUGGUGUCACUGAAUUUAUUGGCAUUAAAUUGUUUAUAAACGUUUUCAGGAGAGAUGUAUUAUUUUCAAAGUAUUAUAUAUAAUAUUACAUUAUAUUUUAUUUAAAUAUUACUUUUGAAGAGGAUUUUUUACAGCAUUUUUUUUUUGUUAUGAGAUCAUAAACCUCUCAGAGGACAUUUGCUUAAUAUUUUAAUUCAUAAAAUUUUAGCAUUGAAGUAUCAUCACAUAAAUCUAACAUUGGUCUCACUACAAUCAUUGUAAAAUUCUAAGUGUUACUAUUUUAUUGUUUACUUUAUUUGUACAUUUAAAACUAUUGGCAACAUAAAUGCAAUCAUUAUUAACAGGGGUGUAGAAACAAUAAGAAAAUUCUGUUGUAUUGAAGCUGUAUUUUCUUCGAUUAUUUAUCUUUAUCUUAUUUAUGUAUACAUCUGUGUUGGCUUAUAUGUUGUUGUUUUUUUGGUUUGUUAUUUAUUUUCCUUCACCUGUGUUUCUUGUCUUUAUGACUCAGUGAUUGUAUUCAUACAUUGUUGGAUCUGUGUCAUUUUGUACAUCUUACUGAACAGUUCUGUUUUUCAGUAAAAACAAUCCACCGUUUUAGCGCAAUAUGUGGACUUUUCAGACGGUCCCUUACCACACCCUGAACAGUUUUAGCGUGGACUUUUCAGACUACCCCUUACCCACUAUAUACACAUUUUCAACUUAUUUCAAGGUUAAAUUAUAGAUACAGAACGAUUUCUGACCAUCUUAGGGGACAAAUCGCGUCCCGUAUUGAUUCGAUAUAGAACGUAUCAUUUCAUAUUUAAAUUAGGGACAAUCCCAUAUGAGCGAAGUGUUGAUGCAGAAAAUCGUCAUUUAAUGGGGAGAAAUUGUAA